GUGUUGACAUUAAGCGUGUGUGUUUGUUUACAGCCUCCAGCGCGUUGACUGAACCUCACAUGGAUUACUUUGAACUAUUAGUUAUCCUCACUGUGUCGGCUAAGUACAGCUUUUAGUUUCACAAUAUUAUCUGAAAAUAGUUACGACCACGCGUAUGCCACGUUUGAACUCGUAUUUAAUGGGACAUAGCGUCUGCUAACAUUGACAUACUGCUAAAGUUUAGCAUGAUUGGCUAGCAAAACUGGGAAUACACUUGACCUUAGACCAUCAAGAUAAUAAAGCGUGAUUAUUCUCCAUCUGCAACACAGAGGAGCACUUCGUAAUCGUGUGCAGCUGCGCAGAGACAGAUAACUGAUGGAUUUUGUUUUCGUGAGACAGGUUAACUUGCACGCAGCGACCUCUCGAACGUGUAUGUGAAAAGAUAAGAUAUACCCGCACGGUGUGUUCAAAGACUCAGAUUUUAUGAGCCACCCAUCAGCCUGUACAGUACCUGAUGCUGGGUGCGUUUCUAGCAGGUGACACGGUAUGACUCUGUCUGCAUUCAUCUUCAUCGUCUCAGGGAGAUAAUAGUAUAGGAUGAACAAGGAUCCUGUGCAUUAUGGCAGUGACUCAAGUUUACUGGGAUCACCAUUUACCCUUGCCAAAACUUGCUCCAGUCCAGGCGAAGCUGACUGUGGCUCUGGUGGGGCUUUUGUGCUUCGUAAACAGCUACGAUGGAGAGUUUGUGUUUGACGAUUCUGAAGCUAUUGUCAACAACAAGGAUCUGAAACCAGCAUCACCCCUGAGCAACAUCUGGAACAAUGAUUUCUGGGGAAGCAAUCUGAGUAGCAACUCUAGUCACAAAUCCUAUCGACCACUCACUGUCCUGACAUUUAGGUUAAACUACCUCUUAGCUGGAGGCCUGCACCCCAUUGGCUUCCAUGUACUAAACAUCAUCCUCCAUGCUGUCAUAUCUGUCUUUAUGAUUGACAUGUUUGCCAUACUCAUCGGUGGACUGGAUUAUGAUGACAAGGGUCGGACAUUAAACCGGGCUCCAAAGACCACUCUACUUGCUGCCAUCUUUUUUGCUGCACAUCCUGUUCACACAGAAAGUGUGGCAGGCAUAGUGGGCCGAGCAGACCUUCUGUGCACGCUCUUCUUUCAGCUCUCUUUCCUCACUUACUGCAGAGCUUUUAACAAAGGGAGUGAUAGCUUUUCUUUAAAAUGGGUCAUAGUCAGCCUUGCUUUGUGUGCUGCAGCAAUGCUUUGUAAAGAACAAGGCAUCACCGUUCUGGGCCUAAACGCAGCAUUUGACGUCCUCCUCAUCUGUAAUGUUAAUGUGUAUGAACUUUGCCAGAGGCUAAUCUUUAGGAAGACUCCACUUGAUCUAAAGGAGGUGCAGAGAAUGGGUUUGCUACCACGGCUUGCCCUUCUGGCUCUUGGAGGACUCUCCAUGCUCUAUGCACGCUGGAGGAUCAUGGGUACAGGACCGCCAGCAUUCACAGAAGUGGACAACCCUGCCUCUUUUGAAGAAAAUAUAUUUAUUAGAAUUGUGAACUAUAAUUACUACUACUCCCUUAAUGCCUGGCUGCUGCUGUGUCCCUGGUGGCUGUGUUUUGAUUGGUCCAUGGGCUGUGUGCCUCUCAUUAAGUCAGCCACUGAUUGGAGGAUGGUGUGGCCACUGCUGCUCUGGUGCUUCUUGAUAGGGUUGAUAAACCAAGCCUUAUGCUCGCAGGACAGCCAGAAGAGGAGGACRUUGACCUUGGGUUUGGUGCUGCUGGUGGUCCCUUUUCUACCUGCAUGUAACAUUUUCUUCAGAGUUGGCUUUGUUGUAGCUGAGAGAGUACUCUAUCUAUCUUCAGCCGGCUACUGCYUACUGCUGGCCUAUUCCCUGGGUCAUUGCUGCUACCGCUGGAGCAAGUACAGGACAUUGCUGUUUGUCAUGGUGCUUACAUUACUAAGUGUGCAUGUAGUCCGUUGUGCCCUUCGCAGUCAUCAGUGGCGGUCAGAACAAAGCCUUUUCGUCAGUGCACUGUCUGUCUGUCCACUCAAUGCCAAGGUGCAUUAUAAUGUAGGGAAGAACCUGGCGGAUAGAGGGAACACUACUGCUGCUAUCAGAUAUUACAGAGAAGCAGUCAGGCUACAUCCAACUUAUGUUCAUGCAAUGAACAACUUGGGGAACAUCCUGAAGGAAAGGAAUGAACUUAUCGAGGCAGAACAGUUGUUGUCCAAAGCUGUCUCCAUUCAACCUGACUUUGCUGCUGCCUGGAUGAAUCUUGGGAUUGUUCAGAACAGCCUCAGAAAGUUUGAAGAGGCGGAGCAGAGCUACCGCAAUGCUAUUCGCUUCCGGAGAAAAUACCCAGACUGUUAUUACAACCUUGGACGCUUGUAUGCCGACCAAAACAGACAUCUAGACGCCCUGAAUGCUUGGAGAAAUGCAACAGUUCUAAAACCUGAUCAUAGCCUGGCUUGGAACAAUAUGGUCAUUCUGCUGGACAAUACUGGUAACCUGGGUCAAGCAGAGCUAAUUGGCCGAGAGGCCUUGAAGCUCCUCCCCAAUGACCACACCAUCAUGUUUUCAUUGGCGAACGUGCUGGGGAAAUUACAGAAAUACAAGGAAUCAGAGGGCUUCUUUCUUCACGCCCUUCGGAUCAACCCAAAUGCUGCUAGUUGCCAUGGCAAUUUAGCUGUGUUGUAUCAUCGCUGGGGAAAGCUGGAACUGGCAAAAAAACACUACGAGUUGUCUCUAAAGUUGGACCCCGAGGCUCCUGGGACAAGAGACAACUACAACAUGCUGCAACGCAAACUGGACCAGAUUAAACGCAGCACACCCUGAGGGAGUCCACUGAGGACCUCCGCGUGUUUUAAAAUGUUCCACUGUUUCAUUUUGCUUUCUUUUAUCUUACUUGUUCUAGCUUGGAGCAUUUUCAAAUAAAGACCAUGAUCUGUG